AUGUUUUGCGAGAUACCGAAAUUGUUGCGAUGUUGCUUAUGCCUUCCACUACGGAAAGGUAUCCUGAUAUUUGGAUAUAUAAAUAUUAUAUUUUCGGCGUUCAUGGUUGGGUUGUACAGUUACUCUGUCCACCAUGACAUGGGUCUCAAAAUGGUGUACCACGGUUCGAAAAGCAAGCUGGAAGAUGCAGUGUGCGUUGGCAUCUAUUGCGCAGAGAUCGUAAUGAACGUGUCGCUGGUUUACGGAGCCCAUGUGCCUGGGGAAGUUUACUACUGGAGGUGGGAUGCUUUGGAGGAAUUACCUUAA